UUACUAAAUCGCAGAGAGUCAGAGAGAGAGAGAAAAAGAAAGAACGGAAUGUAGAAAUGGAGAUUGAACAGUGAAGAAUAAAGACUUUUUUUGAAGAUAAAAAAAAAUAGAAUUGAGAGAGGAGGUUAACUGUGAUAAAUAAUCUGAGGAAAAAAUGACGACGGGGAUCGUUCAAGAGCAAAAUCUUGAAAAACAGAUUGAAAAGCAAAUUGGUUGCAUGGCUGGUUUCUUUCAGAUCUUCGAUCGCCAACAGCUUCUCACCGGCAAACGAAUCUACUCCAUCAAGCGCCUCCCUCCAACUCCGGCCGUUGAUUCCAUAGUGGACUCAGAGAGCACUGUUGACUCGUCGCCGGCGAUGUCAAGAGAAUUGGAGAAGCCACAGAAUCAUCAGCAGCAUCAUCAUCAAGGAAGAUCAAUGCCUUCACCGGAUCGGUUCAGGCAAUCUCCGGUGUCGGAGCUUCGGUCUCCGGCGCCGGAGCCUACAACGAUUCCGGUAGAGAUACAAAGUAAACUGACGCUUCCUCUUCCCGUUUUUGAAUUCAAGGAAGGUGCAAGGUUGUCAUGGAAAUUCUGCAAAGAAGCUCCUCGCCUUUCUCUCGAUAGCAGAGCCGUUGUCGACGCUAAAGGAAGCCUAAAACCGAGAGAGAUCCGUUCAAAUGCAGCGAUUUUAUCAUCAAAUCGUUGCGAGAACAAUGAAGGAGGCACCGAUGACAGCGAGAAGCAGCGUCGGUCCACAAGUGUAAUCGCGAGACUCAUGGGACUCGAACCAUUGCCAAAUUCGGAUCCGGAACGGGCCAAAAAAGCUGAGCUAAGAAGAUCCGCUUCAGAAUCUAGAGUAUCCAAGGACUUCUAUCAAUACCGGUUCAUCGAUGGAGUCAAUUUUCAGUUAAAACAGUCGCAUUCGCGGGCGGUGAACUCGCAGAACAACAUUUCGAGCAAUGUAGUGAGACAAAUUAGUAAUGCAGGUAGAGAUGAGCGUGCAAUGAAUGGAAGACAAGUAGAUCCGAAGCAGUUCACUGUACGAAAUGUGAGAGGCGAGCCAAGCAAAGCACCGCAGAGGGGAGGAGGUAUAGGACAAAGAAAAAGUUUCUUUGACUCUAUGGAUUUUUUCCCUGAGCCAAAACAGACUGUUUCCAUUUAUGGGGAGAUUGAGAAGAGGCUUAAGAUGAGAGGAAUCGAUGAGCCUUCGAAGGAUCUCGAAACGCUAAAACAAAUCCUUGAAGCAUUGCAACUCAAGGGCCUUCUACACCCCAAGAAACAACCCUCCACCGCCCAGACGAAUCUCAGAAACUUUGUUUACGAUGAUUCUCCCAUCGUUGUCAUGAAACCGGGGCCUAAUCGGCAAGUCCAACUCGGGAAUGACUCAUCUCCUUCGAGUUUUAGAUCGAGAACGAUUGGACAUCGCCGGAAUUUAAAUAUCUAUAACGAAAUGUCCCCAGCGGUGAGCCCGCGGUGUGACAGACCGGAGUUUGAAAGGAAUGUACGGAACCACAGCCAGAGCAGAGGCCGAAAUUCUAUAUCUCCGACGAGGAGUGAGACCGGAAUCAAGAGUCCGAGCGGGAGAAGACCUUUGAGUGUUGAGACUCAGAGGAAAUCCAACGAGUCAAUGGAGCAGGGAAGAGGUUCUCCCAAGAUAAACCUGAGGAGGAGUGUAUCGGAUCAGACCUCAAACCGAUCACCCAGAAUGACGAAACCAACGACGGAGAUUCGUCGGAAAGACGAUAAAGUUUUUACUCCAGCCGAGGAUGAAAAAUCUGAGUGCAGCAUAAGCACUUCUUCUCAAACCGAUACCGAGAGAUCGAAAGCGGAGGAAUACAAGGAAGGAAGGAGUUUGUUAGAGAGAUGUGAUAAACUUCUUCACAGUAUAGCAGAGAUAACGGCAAAUGAGUUGCAACCGAGUCCUGUUUCCGUGCUUGACUGUUCCUUUUACAAGGAGGAGUCAUCUCCUUCCCCCGUUAUGAAACGGAGCAUUGAUUUCAAAGAGUUGCAAAUUGAAUCAGAGGAUGAUUUAUGGAGCCCGGCCAUCUCGUCUGUUGAAUCAAAAUCUGAGGAUGAUGAUGAUUUUGUUUACAUUUCUGAUAUCCUUCGAGCAUCAAAUUACCUUCCCGAGGAUUCAGACGUGUUUUUGUUACUAGAGAAGCAGCAGUAUCUGAAGGGAAAGGGCACUUCCAAGGUCUUGAAACUCCAAAGGAGGCUUGUUUUUGAUACUACCAACGAGAUUCUCAAUAGAAAGAGACAACUCCCUCCAUGGAAAAUUAUCUCUCCUGGACAUUCAUCCUUGCAACAAAUUUGGUCUGAAUUUCAGAAAAUCCGUGAGAGGGACACUUCAGAGGACUUGUUUAAUGUCAUUUGUUGUGUGCUGAGAAAAGAUCUUGCUGGGGAUGCAAUCAAUGGGGAUUGCCUGAUUGAGAUGUCAGAGGCUGUCCUUGACAUUGAACGAUUAAUCUUUAAAGAUUUGAUCAGUGAAACCAUCCGGGCUCUUGCGGCAUUUUCUGGGAAUUGCAAUCCAGCGCCUGUGCUCCGUAGAAAGUUAAUAUUCUGAAAGUGAGGGAACCACAAAAGGCUCACGCAUUCUGUUCUAUUAGUAAUUAUUUCUGUUUUUUCAAUUAAUUAAGUUUGACAUUUUUCUUUAAAGAUUUGGGAGAUGUUUGAUCUUGAUAUACCUGAACUCCAGGCAUAUCUAACGUUUCACUUUUGGAAGAUGUAAAAAGGCGCAAAAGUUUUAAAUUGUUGUCCAAGUAGUGAAAAUGCGUGAGCUUUUCAG